AUGGGUUCCUCGCCCUCCAAGGCCGGCGGCGGCGGCGGCGAGGGCGCCCUGGCCCUGUGCAAGGAGCGGCUGCGGCGCAUCAGGCGGGCCAUCGACUCCCGCGACGCGCUCUCGGCGGCGCACCUGUCCUACACCCGCUCCCUGCGCGGCGUGGGCACCGCGCUGCGGCGGCACGCCGAGGCCGCCAACCUGUCGCCCGAGUCGUCGCUCUCCAUCUCCGAGGCGGGCAGGUCGCCGUCGCGCUCCUCCAUGGCGUCCCCGUCGCCGUCGCGCGCGGCGGAGGCGGACAACACCGCCGGGGGCUCCCCGUCCCCGAUGCUGGCGAUGCAUCGAGGAGGGGAUCGCCUGGCCUCUCCGUCGUCGGCGGCGGCGGCGAGGGUCCACUGCAUGAAGGCCGCGGGGACUGCUCCUCUGACGUUCACGGUCGAUCCGUCCGCCGCUGAGUUUGUGGGGCAGGAGUCCCCCGUCUCCGCCUUCGUGCCGCCGCCGCCGCCGCUGUCCUCGGAGGAAAUGAGUGCCUCAUGGGAUUUCUUUGACGCCGCUGGUGCUGCCAGAGCAAACAAUGUGGAUGGUCUGACCUUGAACUUCGAUAGGUUGAAGGGCUUGAGAGAGUCAUGGGAAGCCGAGCCGGUGACAUUGAGUGAAGAACCAGCAAACAGGUCCACUAGAAUGCAUUCAGAAUUGGAGAUUGUCGAUGAUGACACGGUGCCGAAGCAGGAAACCAAAGCAACACAAAGAGGGGUCAGUAAAGCAAGUGGGCUGGUGGCUGCUUCUGAUGAAGGGGCUUCUUCAGAGCAGGUUGUGCCAAAGGUGGAGGAAGGGGAUUCAAAAAGAGAAUCACACACAGAAACCGAAGAUCCCUCUGAGUUCAUCACCCAUCGAGCAAAAGAUUUUGUGUCAAGCAUGAAGGAAAUUGAAACCCGCUUUAUACGUGCUGCCGAAGCCGGGAAUGAGGUUUCAAGAAUGCUUGAGACAAAGAAGAUCAGACUUGAUAUAUCUGCUAAAUUACCAGGUUCUCCAGGCAAACCUACUGCCCGGUUCGUAUCAGCCCUUCGAGUCUGCUGCAAUCGUCAAAUUCUUCUCAAUCAGGAAACUGCACAGCAUGUUUCAAAUGUUGUUACUUGGAAACGUUCAGUCUCGUCUCUAUCAUCGUCAUCUAAAAGUCCACUUACAACUUCGAUGAUUCAAGAUGAUGUGGAUGAUAGUAAUAAUGAUUUUAUUGAGCAAUUUGCUAUGGUGUCUGGAAGCCAUUCUUCUACAUUGGAUAGGCUACAUGCAUGGGAGAGAAAAUUAUAUGAUGAAAUCAAGGCAAGUGAAAAUGUCAGAAAGACUUACGACGAGAAAUGUAACCUUCUCCGGCACCAAUUUACACGAGGUCUAAAUGCAGAACUCAUUGAUAAGACUCGAGCUGUUGUGAAGGAUCUGCACUCCAGGGUUUCUGUUGCAAUCCAGGCUGUUGAUGCAAUCUCAAAAAGAAUUGAGAAAAUAAGGGAUGGAGAGCUGCAGCCACAACUUGUUGAGCUCAUUCAAGGAUUAAUUAGGAUGUGGAAAGCAAUGCUGGAAUGCCACCACAAACAAUUCAUUACAAUAUCACUGGCAUACCAUGUAAAAACUUCAACCUCGGUGCAGCAAGGGGAGCAUCACCGCCAGGCGGCAAUGCAUCUGUGUAAUGAGAUGGACUGCUUUUCGUCAACCUUCAGGAUCUGGGUCACUGCUCAGAAGUCAUAUGUGCAUGCCCUCAACGAAUGGCUCCAGAAGUGCAUCCUGCAACCACCCCAGGAACGACGCCGUCGGAAGCGGAAUAUCUCAUUUCCUCCUCGCCAGGCAGUCUCCCCUCCGAUAUUCAUCCUCUGCAGGGACUGGCUUGCCAUGAUGGAGUCGCUCCCCACUGAUGAGCUAUGCAAGUCCAUUAAAGACGUAAUGCAGCUCUUGCGCGACUCCUUCGAGCAUCAGGCUGAUCAAACUAAACUGAGAAGAGAGCCACAUUCCAGGAGUGAGUCUCAGGAAUGUGUGAUGCUGGAAAACGAUGAGCAGGAAUCAAGCGGCGGGGUAGCACUGGUGGAAGGGUUACAAUCAAAACUGACGGUAGUCCUUGAUUGUCUGACGAAGUUUUGUGAGGCUUCACUGAAGCGCCAUGAGCAGCUCAAGCUGAAUUAUGAGGAGGCUCAUGACAAGUACAAGACAGUCGAGCCAAGUGCUCAUCCAGUUUAA